GUGAUUAUCUUCCCCUGAGUCAUACAUGCAAAAUUAAUUAUGCCUCUGUUUCAGGUAGCAGCUACCGUCCACAGUAUACAAUCUUGACUAUUUUUUGAGUAAUGAUGUUUACCAAAUUCCAACCCAAAAAGUUUGAACAUUUAAUUUCAAAAAUAUUUACUUCAAAUCUUUUUGCAUGCUUUCACUCUCUUCUUAUAUAAUCUUCAUCUUCUUCUUCAUCAUCUCUACUGCUACAUUCAAGAGAACAAAAGAAAUGUCUCUCAUCAUCUCCUCCUUCGUUCCAACUUCUCUUGGUUAUACUUUGUUCGCCAUUAUCGUCUCAGGUUUCGUUUUCAUCCUAACUCGAUGGAGUUCUUCCAAGUCAAAGGGAGGUUUAAACCUUCCUCCAGGUCCACCAGGUUGGCCGGUGGUCGGAAACUUAUUCCAGUUCGCUCGCUCCGGUAAGUCGUUCUUCGAAUACGCGGAGGAGCUUAAGCAAAAGUACGGAGGAAUUCUCACAGUGAGAAUGGGUACUCGUACGAUGAUCAUACUCUCCGACGCGAAUCUAGUCCACGAAGCUCUGAUCAAACGAGGAGCUCUGUUCGCAACCCGACCCGCCGAGAGUCCGACCCGAACAAUCUUCAGCUGCGACAAAUUCACCGUCAACGCCGCCAAGUACGGUCCCGUGUGGCGGUCACUGAGAAGAAACAUGGUUCAGAACAUGCUUAGCUCAACACGCCUCAAGGAGUUCGGAUCGCUGAGACAAUCCUCCAUGGAUAAGCUCAUAGAGAGGAUCAAUUCGGAAGCUAGAGAACACAAGGGACUCAUCUGGGUGCUUCGAAACGCGAGAUUCGCUGCGUUUUGUAUCCUCUUAGAGAUGUGUUUCGGAAUCGUCAUGGACGAAGCAUCGAUCGAUAAGAUGGAUGAGAUUAUGAAAACUGUGCUAAUGACCGUUGAUCCACGGAUCGACGAUUACCUUCCGAUCCUCGCUCCCUUCUUCUCCAAGGAGAGGAAACGAGCUCUCGAAGUCCGCCGUGAACAGGUCGAUUACGUCGUCGGAGUUAUCGAGAGACGACGGAGAGCGAUUCAGAACCCGGGAUCCGACGAAACGGCGUCGUCUUUCUCAUACUUGGACACGCUCUUUGAUUUAAAAAUCGAAGGUCGUGAAACGACGCCGUCUAACGAAGAGCUCGUGACGCUCUGCUCCGAGUUUCUCAACGGUGGUACGGACACGACGGGGACAGCGAUCGAGUGGGGGAUAGCGCAGCUGAUUGCCAACCCUGAGAUUCAAUCUCGGCUCUACGAUGAGAUUAAAUCAACGGUGGGAGAUGAUCGUAGCGUUGAGGAGAAAGACGUGAAUAAAAUGGUCUAUUUACAAGCUUUUGUUAAGGAGCUUCUCCGGAAACACCCGCCGACUUAUUUUUCUCUGACGCACGCCGUCACCGAGACGACGACGCUCGGUGGUUACGAUAUUCCAGCCGGCGUUAACGUCGAGGUUUAUCUUCCGGGUAUGAGUGAGGAUCCGAGAAUUUGGAGUAACCCGAAAAAGUUUGACCCAGACCGGUUUAUGUUGGGUAAGGAGAAUGCUGACAUAACCGGGAUUACUGGAGUGAAGAUGAUCCCGUUUGGUGUGGGCCGUAGGAUUUGUCCAGGGCUUGCAAUGGCAACCGUACACGUGCAUCUGAUGCUUGCGAGGAUGGUUCAGGAGUUCGAGUGGAGUGCGUAUCCGUCAGGAAGUGAGAUUGAUUUCGCCGGGAAAACUGAGUUUACGGUGGUGAUGAAGAAUCCGUUGAGAGCUAUGGUCAAACCAAGGAUUUAAAAUAUUUUAGAUUUACGCCGCCUUUUAUUUUUGUUUUCGUUAUAAGAAUAUUAUUAACCAUUAUUGUAAGGACUUAUUAGCUUAUAAACUUUUUAAGUAUCCA